AUGACCUAUGCCCAAUGUUAUGAGAAGUUGUUGUCUAAUUCAGCUAUUGCAUCUAUCCCGGGAAGAGGACCCCAGAAUCCACCUUACCCUCCUUGGUAUAACCCUGAGGUGACAUGUACUUAUCACGGGGAUACGCCUAGACAUUCAAUUGAAAAUUGUUUGACCUUCAAGAGGAUUGUGCAAAAUAUGGUCAAUUCUGGAUGGUUGAAUUUUGAUGGGAUCAGGAAGCCCGAUGUGACCACUAAUUCUCUACCGGAUCAUGGCAAUGGAGAUACUAAUGUCGUUGAGGGUUCUGGUGAAUUUAGGAGGACAAUUGCAGAGGUAAUUAUGUCUUUGAGUUUGGUGCUGCAUGCUUUGGAAAAGGAGGGACUUAUUAAAAGAGAGGAGCUGGACUUGACAUUGAAAUAUGAUGGCUAUGAUGAAUUGAAGACUUGGUGCUCAAGUGCAGUCAAUGUUAUCGGGGAUGAAUUCUAUAAGGGACCAAGGCCUGGUGGGCGGGCAAAGCCAAUUGUCUUACAGUACUUUUUAGAGGAUCAACCGAUUGUAAAAAGUCCACUUCCUUCAAAGCCUGCUUACGUGAGUGAUAAGGCUGUUCCGUGGGUAUACGAGAAAAGUGAUCCUGGGGUUGCUGUGGGUAACAUCUCAGGAGAGUCAAGUGACCCAGUGUCAAGAACAGAAGCCGAAAGGAAAAGGAAGGGAAAAGAUGUCAUAAGAGCAGAAGAGAAUUUGAAAGAUUUAAAGAAAGAUCGGAUUGUAUGUGAAGAAAUUAAGAAAACAGUGACUGAUGGAGAAAUUCAGGAGUUUCUAAAGAUUGUCUGUCAAAGUGAAUAUAUGAUUGUAGACCAGCUGAAAAAGACCCCAGCAAAGAUUUCCAUCCUAGAAUUAAUCAUGAGUUCGGAGCCAUACCGUAAAGUGUUGUUGAGAAUGCUGAAUCAGGCCUAUAUACUAGAAAAGAUACCGACAGAAUCUUUUGACGGGAUCGUCAGAAAUGUGCUCACAACUCACUUGUUAUCAUUCAUUGAAGAGGAGAUUCCAGAUGAAGGGAUGGGCCAUAACAAGGCGUUGCAUAUUUCUGCCAUGUCUAGGGGUUUUGAGGUGGCGAGUAUUUUGAUUGACAAUGGAUCGUCAUUGAAUAUCUUGCCAAAGGAAACUUUUGAUAGAUUGCCAAUUGAUAGAUCAUAUUUGAAGCAAGUACUAGUAGUAGCUAAAGCCUUUGAUGGAACCAGGAAGGAGAUAAUGGGGGAGAUCGAGGUCCCACUGGAGAUUGCAAAUGUGACCUUCAAUGUGCCUUUUAUGGUGAUGGAUAUAUCGCCUACUUACAGUUGCUUGUUAGGGAGGCCGUGGAUCCAUACUGCUGGUGCAGUACCAUCAUCUUUAUAUCAGAAUCUCAAAUUUGCUCACGGCGGAAGAGUUUACAUUGUUAAGGGCCAGUCGGAAUGGAUGGUGGCUAGUGUCUCAAACUCACUCCAUAUUGACGCGCCCCUGCAGGGGAUUGAAAGCUCAUUCCAGUCCUUUGAGAUUGCUACUGCUAAUUUUGUGAAGGAAGGGCAGCUUUUAGUGCAGCCCUAUUUCUUGGAAAAGGUCAAUCCGCUCAAUGCAGAGGCAAUUCCAGGGAAAUUGAUCCUUAAUCUUCUUGUUGAUCAAGUUGAAAAGAGUCAAACUGGGGCAAAUUUUAGAGAGUUGUGUGAGCAGUUUGAAGAUUUUCAUGUCGCUGUUAUAAAGGAGGAUCAGAACUUUGCUGUUAAGUCUUAUUAUGUUGUCCCUCGGCCUCCAGGUUUUGAGCUCAACAACUAG